GUUAACCCGUGUUCCUUGCUCGUCCAAUGGGAGUUAAAAGCAUUAAAAAAAAAAAGGAUCAGCUGUCAAACUAUACGCAGAGCUCCGGUAUAGAUUCGGAUGAAUUUACUGUCUAACGCCUAACAUUAUGAAAUAAAAUAUACAAUACUAUUUGAAGGGUGUUCGCUACUGAACUAAAGUCGACAUGGAGGAGGCUAAUAUGGACAGAUUGAUUCCGAAAUUGAUCUCCGGUACUUACGAAGAAUUCUGUAAAAAUAUUGUUGUGUUUCUAAAAGUUUAUGAUAAAAAGACCAGUUUUGAAGAGCUGGAUAGUACCUGUUUACGAGAGAAGCUAUGGAAGAAAUUAUUUUAUUACUUAACAGAUUAUGUUCGUACAGACCAACAUCAUCAUUGCUUGGCUGCUUUGAGGAUACUAAGCCGCGACAAAACUAACUUAAACGACUUGAUUACUGACGAUGUAAUAAAAAUUGUAUUACAAAAUGCAGGCUUGACAAAAAUAUGCGAAGGAGAACAGAUCACGUGUACAAUCGUUACAAUAGAAUCGCUGAAAUUGCUGUGCAACUUAUUAUUUAAUAGCGUAAAAGUGCAACAGUCGAAAAUAUUAAUAUCUUCUUUGCCUUAUCUCAUCGAUCGGAUUAAAAAUUAUACGAAUGAUGUUUCUCACGAUGUCAAACUAUUUGAUAUGAGAUUACUGUUUUUACUCACUGCACUGAAUACAUCCACGAGAGACAUAGUCAAAACGGAUUUGUGCGGUGAUGUGUGUCUCAUUAAAAUAAUAGAGGAAUUUGUAACACGAAAUCAGAAUAAGGAAAUAACUAUAAUUGAGAGUGAGGAGAUAACGAUAGUCUGUGAAGUUUUGAAAGUUCUAUUUAAUUUAUAUAUACACUCGGAUGAUGUCGGAGUUGAGGACAGAGAGAAAUAUAAGAACUUAAUGUUAAUCUUGUAUAAAUUGUUAACUCUUAAAUACUCAGUGCAACAAGAUGAUCUUGAAAGUCAUGUCAUCAAUCUGUUGACCGUGAUACCAUAUAGCUGUUAUACACCAAUUAUACAAGCCGUUGACCGCAUGGAUCGCAAAAAUGUAUACCAAAAUAUGAAUAUGAGCGCCAUAUGCGUUUUAGUUAGAUUUUUAGAUAAAAGAUUAGAUUGUAAAACACAUUUACUAGAAAACUUUUCUCCAAUACUUACUGCGCUGGUCAGACUUGUCAAAUCAGAGAGGAUUAUUCGUAAAUACGUAAGAUUGCAGAUUCUACCUCCAUUAAAGGAUGUCAUGAAUCGCCCUGAAGAGGGGACCACAUUAAGAGCUAAGUUGUGCAAAUUACUAACAUCGCCUAUCACGGAAUUGCGCGAUCUAGUUGCAGAACUUUUGUUUGUUCUUUGUAAAGAAAAUGUUAGCCGUAUGGUGAAAUAUACUGGAUACGGAAAUGCGGCGGGAAUGUUUGCCACCAAAGGAUUAUUAGGGCGUAGCCAGGUGGAAACAGCUUAUUCUUCUGAAUCGGAAGACAGCGAAACGGAAGAAUAUCAGAAAUAUAAAGAACAGAUAAACCCGGUAACCGGAUGUUUCGAGCAUCCCAAGCCAGAUCCGCUUGAAGGCAUGACGGAGGAGCAAAAGGAAUAUGAAGCUUUAAAAUUAAUAAAUCUGGUUGAUAAAUUAACGAGAGAGGGAGUCGUGCGUCCUUGCCGCAUCGGCGACGAUGGGAAGCCAGAACCGAUAGAACACGUUCUCGAGCUGCAGAACGAGUUAUCGAAACAGCAGUACGGCAGAGAGGACUCAGACUCCGAAUAAUAUGUUAUAUAUCUCCAAAAUACAGGACGAUCUGUAUAUGUAUAUAUAUAAAUGUAUCUUUCCGAAUAAAGAUAUUCGAGUCGAAAA